UUGCAGAUAUCGUAAAACAAUUUAAUAUUAUUUUGUCAAUAAAAAAUCAAAUAUUUAUUGCCCGUGUUAAAAUUAUAUUAAUAUCCACCGGGAAAGUGUACAGUGUCAAAAUAACCCGCAUGUUGUCACUAUGACUAAACGCGUGCGUUUGAUACAAGCGAUCGGAUAACUUGAUUUAGUGAGCAUAGAAAAUAUGUGAAAAUUUUGAACUUAUAUUAGAAUAUCACUAAGAUACUGUACUUUUAAAUAUAUAACUGCGACGUGUCAAUGAAUUAAAAACAAAGAUGUUGAAGGGAAUAUCAGUAUUACACACACUAAUGUUAAUAACAAUUAUUUUUGGCCAAACAAUUAAUAAAAAUGGAAAGAUGAACCAGAUUAAUUAUUCAUUUCCACAAACGCCAUUGAUGAAAAUGUUAGCUCAGACAAUAGCACCUAAUUUCGCCCAGCAAGAUCCGACAGAUUUAUUCGAUUUUUUAAGAGACAAAUAUCCACUGCCGAAUGGUCUCCGAUCACCGUACUCCGAAUAUGACUACGUCAUUGUGGGAGCAGGUUCAGCGGGCUCGGUCCUCGCCGCUCGCCUCUCAGAAGACCCGAAUGUGACUGUACUGCUUUUAGAGGCGGGAAAACCUGAGUCAUUCAUCACUGAUGUCCCGAGUAUAGCACCCUACUUCCAAAGAACAGAGUACACUUGGCCGUACUUCAUGGAAAAGCAACCAAAUGUUUGUUUAGGUAUGAAUAACAACAGAUGUUUCUGGCCGCGCGGGAAAGCCGUCGGUGGUACUAGUGUUAUAAAUUACAUGAUCUACACUAGGGGCCGGGCGCAAGAGUGGGACCGGAUUGCAGCUGACGGCAACUAUGGAUGGUCAUAUGCAGAUGUCCUCCAAUACUACAUGAAGAGUGAACGAAACAACAUGCGAGGAUAUGAAGAUUCACCUUAUAGAGGAAAAUCUGGAGAACUAAAUGUCGAAUUUGUUUCAUUCAGAACGCCACUGAUUGAUGCCUUUUUGGAAGCGGGAAGGAUUUUAGGUCAUCCGACCAUAGACUAUAAUACACCGGAGCAACUUGGAUUUGGUUAUUUGCAAGCAACAGUCACAGGAGGCAAACGCAUGAGUGCCGCCAAGGCUUUCUUACAUCCGAACAAAGGACGACCAAACCUACACAUACUACCUGUAAGCACAGCUACAAAAGUGAUAAUCGACCCCAAAACUAAAAUGGCCAAAGGCGUGGAAUAUGUUAGAAAUAGAUUAAGGUUAAAGGUGAAAGCAAAAAGAGAAGUGAUAUUAUCUGCAGGACCAAUAGCUUCCCCUCAGCUACUGAUGCUCUCAGGCAUUGGUCCAAAAAAUCAUUUAUUACGUCAUGGAAUCCCUGUUAUAGAAGAUUUGCCGGUUGGUGCCACAUUGUAUGAUCAUAUUACUUUUCCCGGUAUUGUAUUUACGCUUAAUGAAACAAAUGUAAGCUUAAUUGAAAGUAAUGCUGCAACACUGAAUGCAGUUAUCCAAUGGCUGCAGUUCGGAGAUGGCCCUGUAGCGACUACUGGUGCAGCAGAAGGCAUAGGAUAUAUAAAAACUCCAGUUUCUAAUGAUCCAGAUAACGUUCCAGAUAUGGAGCUAAUAAGUAUCGGUGGUUCACUAGUAUCUGACGGGGGUCCUCUAGGUAGCAAAGCAACAAGAAGAGGUAUGAUGAUCAACGAACAAGUCUUCGAUGGAGCCUAUGGAUCUAUAGAUAGUACAAACACAUGGACCGCAUUUCCGAUGCUGCUGCAUCCAAAAUCAGUAGGUCGUUUAGAGUUAAAGAACAAUAACCCAUUCAGCCAUCCGCGUAUGUAUGGUAAUUAUUUAUCUGACCCAAGUGACGUAGCGACUUUUGUGGCAGCAAUCCGUCAUAUUCAAGCAUUGGCGGCCACAGCUCCAUUCCAGAAAUUUGGUGCACGCAUACACCGCGCACAAUACCCCGCUUGCCGUAAUACAAAGUUUGAUUCCGAUGAAUAUUGGGAGUGCGCCGUGCGUACAUUAACCGCCACAUUACAUCAUCAGAUCGCAACGUGUCGAAUGGGUCCUGAUAAUGACCCUCUAGCGAUAGUUGAUCCAGAAUUACGCGUGUAUGGCGUUGGCCGAUUACGAGUGGUCGACUCGAGCAUUAUACCCCGUACUGUCUCCGCACAUACAAAUGCACCGGCGAUUAUGAUUGGAGAAAAGGCUGCAGAUAUGAUUAAACGCACUUGGAGUUAA